ACGGACGGCCGGGAUGGCGUGUGUGUCGUCGGCGCGGCCAGUCGGCGAGAACAAGAGAAGCGAGAGGGCGAUCGAGUGAGUGGCGGCCAUUUUGCCGCGGUCGAGCGAGCCAGAGCGAGCGCAGUGUUUGUUUUGUCGGUGGAAGCUGCGCGUUGGCCCGAUGCGCGCGCGCGCGCGCCCGCCUACGAGUCCGUCCGACCAUCCCUACGUCUCUCGACUCUCGGGUCGAGCAAGCUGGCAGAUUGCGAGAAGAAGCUGCGAGAAUCCUCGGCCGCGUUCCGUUCACGCCUCUGAUCACCCAGGAUCCCAGAUCGUGUUAUAUCACGCGAGACGCGUUGCUACCGUCUCUCCCCUGCACUUGGAUCGCCCGUAAUCUACCGUCGGUCCCCGUGCCCCGCCCUUCUCUCUCUCUCUCUCUCUCUCCCUCCCCUACCCCUCCCUGGAGGGGGGCCGCGGUCCGUGCGACUGCCGACUGGGUGUCAGUCGCACACGACGAGACGCACGGUAAGCCCGAGAACGCCGCGCCACCACCGACAGCAGUAGCACCAUGGCGUGCGCCACGCUCAAGAGGUCCUUGGAGUUCGACCCGGUGCACAGCCACGGCCGGCCCAGCAAGCGACGGAGGUGCAUGCCGAUGUCGUGCGCUUCGCCCGGUGCAUCCGCAUCGUCGCCACGCGGUGGACCGCUGCCGCAGAAACCGUCGCCGUUCGGCGAGAUAGCCAACAAAUUGACGCCUGAAAAGAUGGCUGCUAACAUCAGAGAAGAAAUCCGCAGAUUGCAACGACGUAAACAAUUGCACUUUCAUCCCCAGACUAGCAGUGGCGAGUCAUCAGAUAUGGAGGGACCAUCCAGUCCUUCCAGUCCAUCUGGCUCUUCUUUAACUCCCUUUAGUCAUAACACUAGCGGAAAGGAAAAACCACUUUUCACAUUUAGACAGGUUAACUUGAUCUGCGAGCGAAUGCUUAAGGAGCAAGAAACGCAAAUCCGAGAAGAGUACAAUCAGAUCUUACAUUUCAAGCUCGCCGAACAGUAUGACACUUUUGUCAAAUUCACAUAUGAUCAGAUACAAAAAAGAUUUGAAAACUCGGCUGCACCGAGUUAUCUAUCAUAAGAAAGGAUUCUUAUUUAUAAGAAGACAUUUCUGUGAGGAAUAUUAGAUUUCUACUGUGUGAAAUAAAUUUUGCUUGCGCCGAGGGCCACAGUGCUGCCUCGUUUCGAGGAAUCACCUCUAAAAAAAAAAAAAAAAAAAAAACACCAUGGUUUCAACAGUGACUAAUAAAAAGGAAAAAAGGACUUCUUCUUCUUCUCAUUCUUAAUGAUACCCACUUUCCUUAAGUAGGAUCAUUGGGGUAAAAAAAAACUUAAGUACAAACGGUGGAUGAUUCUAUCAGCAACCUUCAAAAAUCCGAUCAUUGCGAAUCAUGUCCAAACGCACUCGCACCUGACAGAAGACUCGAAAAGAGGACUAAAAAGGAUGAGUAGGGAGAAAGAAGAAGAAAAAACAAUGAAAAAACAAUUAGUAACGUAAGUUCGUAGAAAGCGAGCGAACGAGCGAGUGAGAGAGAGAGAGAAAAUUGCGAUAAAUUGUAAACAUAUUACGAAAAUUUACUAUGUAUACUUUCGAGACUAACAAUAUUUGUACUGUUCGACAUUAGAAGUGCGCUGGUAUCAGGGAACUGAUUCUACUUAUGUACAAAUAUUACGUAUGUACAAUUAUUACGGUUAAAAUACAAUAUGUGUACAUGGUGCAAAACUGCACUGUAUUCCGGGAGCACGCUAUUAACGCUAUUGCAUUAUUCUAUCUUUAUCGUUCAUUAGACAUAAAAUAAGGAUCGAAUGCAAUAACGCUGAUAGCGUUCCGAAGCUUAUAACACAAAGCUUGAUAUCCAUUUAAGAGAAAAAGAAAUAGAGAGAGAGAGAGAGAGAGAGAGAGAGAGAAAGAAAGAAAAGGAGCGAGCAAAUGAGAGACAGCUGAGCUAUUUUUUUCAACUUAUACGGAUAUAUUGUUCUUUGCUUGUUUGGCAAUAUUGUAAAACGUCGACGGAAAUUUUAAAGAUUUGGUGCAUGUACAGAUAAAAACAUUGUGUCGAAUACUAUAUAAGGUAUUUCAAUAAGUUUUUCGUUUGUUUAUCAAGACGCUAAGACAGUUUAGACAUUGCUCAAGUAUAUAGGGCAACUAAUGCUCUAAACAUCUUGUUGCACACAUGUAAGACGUAUCUUGCGAGUUUCGAGGCGGGAAACAAUGUGCAUUCGUGAAUAAAAGGUUUGCCUUUUUUUGAAUCCUAACUGCUCAUCGAGAAGUGGGGAUAAUGUUUAGAAUUUAAUGUAUAAUUGCGUAAAUUAAGAGAUUAAAUAAUUCUAUGACUUAUAAACUAAAAUCUAUAAGGAAGGGAUCCAUUAGUAUAAUUUGUUAAAUUAAUAGUAACAAAUUUGUUUUGAUUGAUUUGCAAGUUACGCUCGUAUUGAAUUCGAAGAUUUUUUUUUCUUUAGACAAUUUUCUAUUUUAUAUAGGAUAUACAGAAGAAAAUUAGUAACAAUAAAAUUGAGCAUUUCUUGUAUUUUUUCUUUCACUCAUUUUAUUAAAAAUUCUUGUAAAAGAAAAGAUCUCAUUUAAGAUAUAAACGUUAUGAGAGGUGUAAAAGUGUCGAGGAAUAAUAUUAUAGAUUUAUAAUAGGCAUUGUACGAAGGCAUUGUGAAGCGUAACUAUUUGGAAUAAAGAUUUCAUAAAAUCUCGUCACACAUAGCAUUUCUGUUCCCUGGUAGCAACGAAUUUCUCUGUAGUAAUAAAAAAAAGUGCUGAGUAAUGAAUAUAUAAAUAUACCGUACUCUUUAACUGUGCCUAUUAUUAAACAUGUUUGUAACGAUUAUUACUAUUACUAUGUUAUUAUUUACUGUUAUCGCCGUCGUAAAAUUUUUUUUAUAGUUUGUAGCAGUUCUCAUUAUGUUGUAGUACCAUGUCCUGUGCGCGAUAUUUUCUUCCUUUUUUUUACUCGAUUAAGAUCCUGCGAGCCUUGGUGAACUGCGUGCAUUUUUUUUAUGUUUCAGCGUGAAAAUUUUUGUUCCGCCAAGUAUUAAAAAAAAGCAUUUAGAGCACCAAGUGGAACAUUGUUGAAAGAACGUCUGUCAGAAGUUCUUGUAAGCACAAUGUAAAAUGAUCCUCGAUCGAUUGUAUGCCUAUAGUCGAAGAAGCGAUUUUAUCUCGUACGAUUUCGAGGGGCAUUCGAAUUACUACUGCCUUUUUCAUAUUGCGGAAAAGAAAAGAAAGAAAGUGUCUCUGUUACCACAAUAUUUUUGGGAACAUCAUAUACCAAUGGUGUUCACGCCCACACACACACACCCCACACACACACACACAUAUAUACAGAAAAGUAUAUAUAUGUUACAUCGAUUGAAUGUGGAAAAAAAGAAGGAAUAAAUUAUGAAGAAGUAUAACCGGGUUUAAUUAUUAUCGCUAAGUAAUGUCUACUUGAUGCACUCGCAAUCGUUUAUCAUUAAGGAAAAUCAUGUGCGAGCGUAAGUGAUCAUUUGAAAAAUUUAAGGGAUUUCAUUUAAACUGCAAAAAAUACCUCCGUAUUAUAUUGUGUAAACAUUCAUUAUGGAAAUAAACUUAAGACUGAAAA